GGGAGGAGGGAGAGAAAAGGAAACUUGGCCAGGGCCGGAGAGAGAGGAAGUGCGAAAACAAAAGCGAGAUAAAAGGGGCUGCUGCUGCUGCUGCUGCUCUCGCUCUCCCUCCUCUGCGCCUUUCUUUUUCUCUCUCCCUUUUUCUCAGAGCUGGGUUAGGAGGGGCUGUUUUGCAUCCCUUCACGUCAGCCCUGCCUCAUUCCCUUCUUCCUUCCUGCUAGAGAGCGAGAGAGAGAGAAAAGAGAAAGGGAACUGCGAGCAAGCGAGGAGCCGGCAGCACCCAGACGAGGAUCUGCCCCAGAAGGAGAGGUGAAGCGGCCUCCCUUGCCUGCCUGCCCGUUACCCGCCCCCCUUGCCAAGCCUCUUCGGGAGUCCCAGGACAACAGAAGCUGUGCUUGAUGGUGUGAGCCAUGGACCGCUUUGCCCACUCUGGAACACAGACAGAUGCCGUGGUGGUUCUGUCUCUGGCCCAAGCAGCCGUCCUGGGCUUGGUGACUGAGAACGAGUUUUUUGGUGCCACCGUCAGCCCCGGAGGUUUCUUCUCCAGCUUCGCAGGCAGGCUCGACGGCAUGUCCAUGGUUGAGUUGAAGCAGCCGGAAAGCCAUUGCCCUCUGGAGAAUGAAGGCCAAGGUCACAUCGAGCCAGCGGAGGAGGAUGAAGCAGCAGAGGCUUCCUUCGGGAAACAUGCCCGGAGGAGGAAGCGCCCGCCUGUGAGGCUGGUGCCAAAAGUGAAGCCUGAGAAGGGGGAGUGGGGGCAGGAAGACGGUGCUUACGAAGCAUCAGUAGCAAGUGAGGGCAAGGAGGAGCAGAUGGGCAGCCACCCUGUGUGCCUGGAGGAGUCCCCCUGUGAGCAGACGGUGCAGAGUAGCGCUACCAAGAUGAUAGAUCUCAGCACGUUCAACAGGAAGCCUCGACGCCUGCGGCACCUGCGACAGCAAGCCCCAGAAGAGCUGUCCCUGGGCGGGUAUGAGGAGAGGCUCCCAAGCACCCCACAAGCCACCCUGGACAGCACUCCGGGGAGUGCAGAGGCCUUCUCCAGUGACUGCGGCUUCCAGGCUGGUGCUCCUCCUCCCUUGAUCAAUCUGGAGCAUCCUGUACCACACUCUCCUCCAGGGCAGGGCAAGAGCGAGCUGGGCUUUGUGUGGCAGGAGCCCCUGGACUUUGAGGCGGAGGCCCAUGGCGAGCACAGCAAGAAGGUUCAGCUGGACCGCCUGGACAUCAACGUCCAGAUAGACGACUCCUACCUGGUGGAGAAGCGUUGGCAGUGCCGCCUGUGCGAGAAGUCCUACACGUCCAAGUACAACCUGGUGACGCAUAUCCUGGGCCACAACGGCAUCAAGCCCCACUCCUGCCCGCACUGCAGCAAGCUCUUCAAGCAGCCCAGCCACCUGCAGACCCACCUGCUCACCCACCAGGGCACACGGCCCCACAAGUGCCAGGUGUGCCACAAGGCUUUCACCCAGACCAGCCACCUCAAGCGCCACAUGCUGCUGCACUCCGACAUCAAGCCCUACAGCUGCCGCUUCUGUGGCCGCGGUUUCGCCUACCCCAGCGAGCUGAAGGCCCACGAGGGCAAGCACGAGAGCGGGCGCUGCCACGUCUGCGUUGAGUGCGGCCUGGACUUCUCCACCCUCACCCAGCUCAAGCGCCACCUGGCCACCCACCAAGGACCCACCCUCUACCCCUGCCCAGAGUGCAACAAGUCCUUCCAUUACCGCAGCCAGCUGCAGAACCACAUGCUCAAGCACCAGAACGUGCGGCCCUUCGUCUGCACCGAGUGUGGCAUGGAGUUCAGCCAGAUCCAUCACCUUAAGCAGCACUCGCUGACCCACAAGGGCGUGAAAGAGUUCAAGUGUGAAGUGUGCGGGCGAGAGUUCACGCUGCAGGCCAACAUGAAGCGCCACAUGCUGAUCCACACCAGUGUGCGCCCCUACCAGUGCCACAUCUGCUUCAAGACCUUUGUGCAGAAGCAGACACUCAAGACCCACAUGAUCGUCCACUCGCCCGUCAAGCCCUUCAAGUGCAAGGUGUGUGGGAAAUCCUUCAACCGCAUGUACAACCUCCUGGGCCACAUGCACUUGCACGCAGGCAGCAAACCCUUCAAGUGCCCUUACUGUUCCAGCAAGUUCAACCUGAAGGGCAACCUCAGCCGGCACAUGAAGGUCAAGCAUGGGGUGAUGGACAUCAGCCUGGACAGCCAAGAUCCCAUGCUGGAGCUGGCAGGUGAUCAUGCAGAGCUGGACGGACAGCAGGAGAUGGAGGACUACGAGGAGGAAAACUCAUAUGACUAUGGGGUGGUGGGGAACCCUGCCAACGAGUCUGCCUUGACCGAACACGCCAUGAAGGAAAUGGCCUACUACAGCAUGUUGUAGCCUGGGGCAGACUGGGUGAAGAAGGGGACAGGCAGCUGCUUCCACCCCCUCCGAAAAGCUCUGUUCGGGCAGCACGGAAUUUGAUACUCUUGCCCUCUUCAGCCGUUUAGUCCUGCACUGGAUCUGUGGAAGUCUUGCUGCCACCAACCCUUGACUGGGCUCUGCUGCUGGGCUGGGCUGGCAGUACUAUUCUCUCCAGCUUGAAAGGACCAGGAGGGGGCAGCACUUGCCUUAGACUACCUCCCACAGCACCUUGCACCCAGCACAAAGAAGCAGAAGGCCUUGUAGUGGUGCUGAUAGGCCAGGACCAGCCAGAGCUCAGUGCUACAGACACCAGGCUGUACUGCAGAGCCAAACUGUAUCAGCUCCUGUAUGUUUCUCUUACAAACUACCUCUGCCCUGCGCAAAAAAAGAGGGGGACACACAGCAGGGUCUCUGCCCCAAAACCAAAUGGGUCUUGAGUGCCCCUUUGCCCAUCCCCUAUCCCUGGCAGAGCAGUUAAGCCAGCCUGCUGUGGAGAACAUCCCUGUGCAGCCUGUGGCCAUCUUAAAUUAUUAUGUCAUUUCCACAAGGUGGAUUGUCCCACUUGUGCAUAGAUCUACUGUGUUUAUUUUCUGUUCUGAAGAAGUUCAGCAAUAAAGGAAUACUCUUUGGAAGAAGA